AUAUUUAUGUGUGAGUGGUGCCAUUCGGCAUUAAUGUGUUUGCUCGCAAAAAACAAAGACAACUUCAUUCGAGUUUUCGUAGGUUGUACGUGAAGAAGACUGGGACCAGAGUAGUGAGAAAAUGCAGGCUGUGAAGGACAAGCUGCAUGACAUGAAUGAGAUGCGCAAGGCCAAGGCCGAAGCAAAGGCCGAAGAGAAGGCCGAAAAAGAUAUAGCAAAAGCUAGAAUGGAGGUUGCUCAUGAGGUGAGACUGGCGAAAGAGGCCGAAGCUGCAAUGGGAAUGCAUGUGGCCAAGGCCGGGCAAAAGGUCGAAAGGGAAGCAGCCAAGCAUGAGCCUAAGCAGCCUGAUGCAAGUGGAUUCGACCCCCCGGCAGACCAGCCUGAUGUGGCAUCAGGAAACAGCAGCGCCCCUGCUGUGCUGAUGCAUUCUGCAGAUCGAGCUGAUCCAUUUACCCACUCUGCCCGACCAUUCCCCAAUUAAUUAUUUAGUUGUUGUUCAAUUGUAUGUUGAACCCCAUGAUUUGGCAUGCACAUGAUUGUUAGCGAUCAUUCUCGCCUCUUAUACAUGAAUAUUGUUGGUGUUGCACACACAUAUAUAAUCUAGAGUUCUUAUAAUUUACAAACUGGUACGUACCUAUAAACACAUGAUAAUCUCCUGUUGUGAGGUUCAUUACAGCUAUUAAAAAAAAUUAAGAUAUGAAGAUUUUUUUUUUUUUU